CAUUUAUUCAGCAACAAAGCAACUGUUGUGUUUAUGAAUAGGUCAAGGAUGAAUCGACUCUCACAAUUUAUUUAAAUCCACAGAUUCAUUCGCAAAAAAUAACCCACUCUAGCCUAAAUAAGGACUGAACCGAUGUGAACGCUAACAGAAUCCUCUACCACGUUGCGUCUUGGCAAGUCAUCUGAUGUGCGUCAAGGUGAAUUUGUGGUUGCCAUGGGGAGCCCCUUUUCUCUUAAAAACACCAUCACAUCUGGAAUCGUCAGCUCUGCUCAAAGAGGCAGUAAAGAACUGGGUCUCUCCAACUCCAACAUGGACUACAUCCAGACGGACGCAACCAUAGAUUUUGGAAAUUCAGGAGGGCCUCUCAUAAACCUGGAUGGUGAGGUCAUCGGCAUUAAUACCAUGAAAGUGACAGCAGGGAUUUCCUUCGCUAUUCCCUCAGACAGAGUCCGUCUCUUCCUUGACCGAUCUGCAGACAAACAGAACUCUUGGUUUGGAGAAUCGGGAUGGAAAAGGCGUUACAUUGGAGUGAUGAUGUUGACUUUGACCCCCAGUAUAAUCGAAGAGCUAAGGAUGCGAGACCCGUCCUUCCCUGAUGUUUCUCAUGGAGUUCUCAUCCACCGUGUGAUUGUAGGAUCUCCAGCCAACAGAUCCGGAAUGAAGCCAGGAGAUGUUAUUAUUGAGAUCAAUGGGGUAAAGGUGAACACGUCGGAGGAGAUAUAUAAUGCUGUGAGGACCAGCGAAAGCUUAAAUGUGGUGGUCCGCCAGGGGGCCGACCUGCUCAUGCUGCACAUGACCCCAGAGUCCACAGAGCGACAUCAAGUCAAGUUUUUAGUAAGAUUAAGAAAUGGUGAGUAAUGAGAAGCUGUCAUAGUUGGAGCUGUUGUAAGAAAGGAAUCAUCUAAAGAGUUGAACAGUUUUAGCAAACGCUGGACAUUCGUGUAGUAAACGUGUUUCUGAAAGCGUAUGAAAUAAUGUGGAUGAUUCAGACUUCUGUACACUGGAUAAACCUCAGUGUGUCUGCGCAAACUACACUAUCAGUAUUGAUUUGAAGGAAUAUCACUGAAUAUUUUGUUUAGGAUUGUCAUGAUGGCAACAAACACUCAAAGACCUUAAUAAAACUGGGUGCUCUUAUUGUGAAAAUGCUGAUGUUUUGUAUUGAGUCUCACAUUCUCAUGUUACGACGUUUGUAUUUUAAUACAUUUUUCUGAACAGCUCUGAUUUCACAAUAAACCAUUGGAAUAUUUAUGGAU